CGCCGCCCCCCCCAUUCGACCUCAUCUGCCGCCCUGGCCUCCUGGCCUCCUCCGCCGUCGCCGCUGCCGACCCCGCCGCCUCCGCCGUCGUCGCCACACCCCACUGACAAAUGCAGGGCUGUCAGGCCUGCGCGCUUGAGCGCCGCUUCGGCUCGCCGCUCCAUUGCCCCGGCUGCAGGCGACUCUUGGCUGCUGCGAACGGCGAUUCGCUCUCUCCGCACCGCGAGACCCGGCCAGCGACUUUCCUCACUGGCCUCUGCGACGGCCACGGCUACGCACGUGCCAUACAGAUUCAGCUCCAGCCCGCUGCCGCUGCGCCGCUGCUGGAGAAGCUUGAGCUCUUCAGGAAUAAAAUCCAGCUCUGGUUGCACGGUGCGAUGCACGUCUACUUGUCGGGCGAGACCGAGGUAUUGGUGCUGAUCACGUUUGACGUGGCUGCCGACGCAGCCGACCUCGAAAAGGAGAAGGUCAUCAGCCGAGCCUGGAACCGGCUCUCCUACCUGUUUGCCGCUCCUCCCAACGUGCUCGGCUCGGGUCCCAUCUUGUGGUGCGCCUCCACACCCCAGGGCAGCUGCACACACACAGGGCACAACACAGCGACGCUGUCACUGUUCCUCAGCUUACCCGGCGCCGUGCCCUCUAGGAGCUUCGGCGAAGACCCCGGCCGGCGCGCGCCAGCGCGGAUCCGCGUCGAGGUGCGGGCGUAUCUUCUCACCGUCACACGGCCACUCAAUCCUGUUCAUACCGUAUUCGACUCAUAUCUGUUGAACAUCUGGACUCGAGCAUUCGAUGUUCUAUGGAUGUUCUAUGGAUGACGAUGCUCUAUGGAUGACGAGCGUGCGCGAGGUCCCUCAGUCUUC